AUGGACGAUGGAAUAUGCCACAUAAAGGCAGAAUACCUUAUUCCGCGUGUUGCCGUGUCCGAAAAGCCGGCUACGGUCGAAGGAAAACCUCCUGCAAACGGCAGCAGCGACUCCGCGACGCCGGAAGCGAAAGGUGGUGACGAUAUGGCCGUCGAAGGCCCACCGGAGAAAAAGGGCCGCUUCGAGGGUGACGGAAAGCGAAAGAAGAAGAACCGGGGUCAGAAUAAAGGACGCCAGCUGCCGUUCAAGGAGGACGAUUCGUUGCGACUUUGCAAAACGCUUCUCAAUGGAAGCGUGACGGAAGGCGCCAAAAAGUGUCCCAAAAUGGACACGUGCCGCUAUUCGCACGAUCUUGACCGAUAUCUGCAGCUUAAACCGAAAGAUAUCGGCCCCAAGUGCUACAUCUACUCCGUGAAGGGUUUUUGCGAUUUUGGCGUAACAUGUCGGUUCGCCGGGGCACACUUGGAUGAGAACAACCGUAACAUUUACCCCGUCGAUCAUAAGGCAUCGAACGAUUCGAUGCUGAUUACCACCUGCCUGGGAUAUGAUCUUCAACAAAUCUUGCGCAAAAAGCAAUACAAUUUCCACAAGUCGACGAAAAUAGUGAACAAAUUCGAGAAACUACAGCAGGAUGAGAAAACUAGUCAGAAACAAAAGUCCGCUGAAGCUACAAACACCGAGGUCGGUUGUGAGGACGGGAAGGCAAAAAUCGAGGAAGCAGCACCGAAACCAGUCGGUCCCAUUUUGGAUGAGGAUUUAGUUAAGCUUCGGAGCGCGGAACGAAAACGUAUCAACUUCCGCGAUAAACUGUACCUCAGCCCGUUGACCACGGUUGGCAAUCUGCCGUUCCGUCGGAUCUGCAAGGAGUACGGUGUCGACGUAACGUGCGGUGAAAUGGCCUGCGCCAUACCGAUCAUUAACGGUGCGAUCCAAGAAUGGGCCCUUACGAAGCGCCACGAGAGCGAAGACCUGUUCGGGGUGCAGCUUUGUGGCCACAAACCGAAGCUGGUUACGUAUGCGGCCCAAAUUAUCGCCGAAAAGGCGGAAGUCGAUUUUAUCGACCUCAACAUUGGCUGCCCGAUCGAUUUGAUCUUCAACCAGGGCGGCGGAAGUGCCCUGCUCCGGCGCCAGAACGUGCUGCAGCUGAUGGUGCAAAGCUGCUCCCGGCUUCUGGCGGACUAUGGGAAAGAAUUUACCGUGAAAACCCGCGUCGGAAUUCACAACAAUAAACCGGUGGCCCAUGAGCUGGUACCACGGUUCGAGGAGUGGGGUGCCAGCUUAGUUACGAUCCAUGGGCGCACGAAGGAGCAACGCUACACCAAGCGAGCGGACUGGGAUUACGUGCAGCGCUGUGCGUCCCAAGCCAGCACGAUUCCGGUGUUCGGAAAUGGGGACAUUUACUGCUACAGCGACUACGAGGCGGCUCGAGAGCGGUGCCCGAACAUUGCCGGCGUUAUGGUGGGUCGCGGUGCCCUCAUCAAGCCAUGGGUGUUUCAGGAGAUCAAGGAACGCAAGAACCUCGAUCCGUCGAGCAGCGAGCGGUUCGAGAUGCUGAAGCGCUACGCAAACUAUGGACUCGAGCACUGGGGAAGCGACACGAAAGGGGUGGAAAAUACUCGCCGCUUUCUCCUCGAGUGGCAAUCGUUUCUGUACCGUUACGUACCGUACGGAUUGUUGGAGCGGCCACCGCAGCGCAUCAACGAGCGGCCCGAAGCGUACCGGGGGCGCGAUGAGCUGGAAACUCUAAUGGCAUCGCCCAACUGCAAUGAUUGGGUGAAACUAAGUGAAAUGUUGCUCGGACCCAUUCCGGACGGUUUCCAGUUUGUGCCGAAACAUAAAGCCAACGCGUACUGAAAGAACGCA